AUUAUGUUCAAUUGAAUCACCUGGAAGAUUCAUUUGUGUCUGGUUCGUCCUCAAUUCCUACAAAUAGCACUGAAUGUCUGCGUUUCAGAUUUGGGUUUUGCCUGUGCAGAUUGCAUUUAUAGUUAGACGUGUAACCAAGAGAGUUGUCUAUGGGUGAAAAACAAGCAAUUGUUAAACUGAGAGAAAAUCCAUCAGAGCCAUUGCACAAACAUUGGCCAUAGCCAGUACAACCAUUUGGAACGUCCUGAGGAAGAAAGAAACCACUGGUGUAUUAAGUAACAGACCUCCAAUGGGUAGACCAAGGAAAACGUUCAUGUAAGUCCAUGUGUGGUCAGUUUCUGGCUAGAUUCCACAUACGCAUCUGUAUCCAAUGGAUAACAAAUAGACUUCACCAUCCAAACACAGAGGCCCUUCCUAAUAAACAACAGAUGUGGCCAGUACAUUCACACAGGACAUAGAACAACUGGGUUAGGAAAAAAGGCUCAUACGUGAAUCUGGGCUGAACCCAAUCUGUAGAUAAAUACUCGAGACACUUCUAGUCACGACCAUCUGUGAGACGAACAUCUGACCUACUCUCUGAAAACACCAGUUGAACAUCACCUGCAGCAAGAUGUUGCUUUUAUUUUUCUGUCUGCUUUCUCUGACGGCAGCGGCGACUGAAGUGGGUCUCGGCGGUAAAGUGCUUCUGUUUCCAACCAAGACAAGCUUUGUUAAACUCACUCCUGAAAGGCCCCUGAAUCUCUCAGCGUUUACUCUCUGCAUGCGUGUGACGAUGGAGCCCCAGGUCGGGCGGGAUAUCAUUCUGUUCUCCUACCGAAUAUCUUAUACCGCCGAGCUCAACGUGUGGAGAGAGAAAGAUGGCCGCUUUUCUUUUUAUAUUCAGUCUAAUAAUGAAGGAGCAUUUUUCAACCUGCCUCUCUCCACGUUCCAGACUCACCUGUGCGUCACCUGGGACUCUGCAACCGGUCUUUCUGCUUUUUGGGUGGAUGGACGGCGCAGUGCGUUCCAGAUCUAUAAGAAAGAUAAGUCAGUUCUUCCUGGUGGCACCGUUCUGCUCGGCCUGGACCCUGAUGAAUAUGUGGGUUCCUUUAAUUCAAGGCAGAGCUUUGUUGGCGAAAUUACAGAUGUGAACAUGUGGGAUUAUGUUCUCUCUGGCAGUCAGAUUAAGGCUUUGCAUUUAAACCAGGAACAGAAUAUACCGAAGGGAAACGUGUUUGACUGGAACACCAUCAAAUAUGAGACCAAUGGAAAUGUGCUAGUGGUUGAAAAUAACUGAUUCACAUCUGAUUUCUCCACACUGUUGUGUCAGUCGUUAUGAUCUGUUCUAAUGAGUUUCAAAGCUUGUAAGGGUUAACCAAUAAAUAUUCUCAGCAUUACAA